AUGGUGACCAGGGAGCCAAACGGUAACAGGACGGCAGCUGCCCCAGAGCCCAGCACCCGCCCCGUGACAAUGGCACCUGGCAGGGAAAAGCUGGGCAAGAGCAGCAAUGCCCCUUCACGCCAGCAGCUCCUGAGAGAGGAGGAGCUGGUGAAGAAGGAGGCUGCCUACGAGAACCUGGUUAAAAGCUGGGAGUGGGGCCGAGUCCUCUGUGUGCAGAGGGAGAAGCAAGAGGAGAAGAGAGUGGUGAGGGGCUGCCAGAACCUGCGGGCCAGCGUCGCAGAGGAGCUGAGCUUCGCUAACAAGGCACUGCUGAUGGUCCGGCGCGCGGCCCUGCGCUACCUUCUGCACUGCGAGCACCUGCAGUUCCAGCACGAGCUGAACCACGGUGGGAAGUCCUUCUACGUGGAGAGGCUGUGAGCGCCCAGCUUUGGGGAGCAGCAACUUACCCACACCGGCCCCCUCGCUCACCAAACUGCGACCCGCAGCGGCCCAGGUUUCCGUGGGACCCCAGACUUUGCACCUGACAGCACUCCCCCGUCCUGCCCCAGAGCCACCUUCCCGAUGGGACAGUCGUGGCUGUUGCUAUUUCAGAGACAGCGUCAAAACCUCCUGAGAAUAUUAAAGUGUCAAGCUAAGCGGAGCAGCCUGAGGCUCUGGAGACAGGCGGCGUUUAGAUCCCAGCACUGAGGGGGCAGCCCAGAGGCAGUCGGAGACACCACGUCGUAGGGCAGAUUUGAAGAAAUUCCAUGGAUUUAGCAGAGACCUUGGCCUCUUCGCUGGGGCGGGUGAGCUCCCCUGCCACACCCCCGAUUAUGCCGCAGAAGCCCCACCAAUGGGGUUGGAAUAACAGGUCUAAUGUGUGUGUGAGCAUCUCGCUCUGAGGGCAGCUCCCGUCCGUGUGGGCACAGAGUCUGCGCAGGGCCGGCUUCGGGGCACUCGGCACUGGUCACGCACUGAAGCUGGUUGUGUCACUAGAAUUCCCAAGAGACCUUAGGCCUUCCUUUGCCCUUCCCAUCCCAAGGCCUCACAGCACUUUGGGCAGGAAGCCUCCCAGUGGCCUGGCAGCAUCAUGAUCAGCACUGUAUUGAGGGGAAACUGAGGCAGGGGCACAGAAGGAUCUCACACCAAGAUUAUGCCGCAAGUUAGUGGCGCAGCCAGGUAUAGAAAACCCCAGGAGUCCUGGCUCCCAGUCCCCUUCCCCCACCACCAGCCCCCUGCCAAUCCACCA